UGAAGCUUCAAACAGCUGAGAGAGUGUGCAAAGAAAAAGAAGAACAAGAAGAAAGAUAAAGAAGAUAAAGGAAAAAACAACAACCAUGAUGGGACACUGGCCACUCACAGUCCUGGUGACCUCUCUGCUUUGGGCUACCUGUCGAACAGCACCUGCUCAGUGUCACUUUAACUCACAAGCUCUUUGUGAGUAUGAGGGCAGAAGCUACUCUCUGGGGGAGAGCUGGAUGGAGAGUGGCUGUAUUCAGUGCACCUGCCUGCACCCUGUGGGAGUGGGCUGCUGUGAGACGGUCCACAGGCCGGUGGACUUCCCUGCCUGGUGCGAGGUGCGUGUGGAGGCUCUGACCUGCACCGUGCGUCUUGUGCAGAGCGCCGACCCCCGCUUGCCCUGUGUCUCCCACGGCAACAGCCUCGACCCCAGCCAUGGGACCCUGGGCAUGCAGCUGGGGAGAUAAGCAGCCAUCACCUCUCUACCUGCACUCGAGCCCACGACCCACCUGUCCAAUAUCAACCCUGCUUUGAGUCCGUCUGAAGACGUCUCAUGUGCUUCUGCAGUAUAGCCAUUUGAACUCACUCCAGAUCACUAUAAGGACUUCCAUCUAUCAGAAGUCCAUCGAUCCUGGCAAAUUGUUAUUGGUAUUCAACAGUUCAACAACCAAUCAAAUUCCAAGCUCCUGAAGCAAUUUCUUGAUUGGCUAAAAUGGAGCAUAGCUUAAUCCAAACCACCUUUUCUCAUUUACAAAGCCAGGAAACAACAGCUUUUGGAUUAUACACACAAAACAGUCCACUAGCUAGGGGACUAGUCUGCACCUUUAAUUGCCUGUGCUUGCAUAUUGCAUAUGCCCUCUGUUGCACCCAACUCUUGUUCCUAACUUGUUUCCCCAGAUGUGGACUGUCAAUUAGUCUCUAUGUUCGAAAAGUAUGAUUCCUUAUGUUUCCUGAAUGUACAAUACUAAUGCUAUUAGCCAUAGAAUCCACUGUGUUGAGCACAGGUGGAAAAGAAAGGGUGCAAAAAAAAAAAAAGGGUUCUUUUGUCCAAGCAACAGUUUGCACACAGCACACACACAUAUGCACUCACGCUAUUGUCCCUGUGUAAACUGCGUCGGCAAACACACACAGCACACGUGUAAUCUACCUGCUGCACACACGCACACAUUCAAAUGUAUAUCAUACAGUAUAUAAUCCCUUGUAGAAUAAGAUCAUACCAAUACAUAUGCAUGUCACCUGUGGUGUGAGCAAACACACACACACACAUGUACAUAAAUGCAUGUACAGUAAUAU